GCAUUUUGGGAUCCAAAUAUUCUUGUCUGCGAGCCCUCAAGUCACUCCGUGGCUGCAGAAGGGCUCCUGAUGCUCAGCUCGAGCCGAGCAUCUCUGCAGCACCGUGUCGGAGCGGAGCAGCCCUGUGGGCAGCGCUGACACCGUGGGCAGAGGAACUGCCAAGUGGUCACCGUCGCCGUGCCGCCUUGGAAAACGUGCAGGCUCCUUCAGUGGUUUGGGCUUUCCUACAAUAAAUUGCUCAUGAAGAAAUUUUAAAUCCUUCUGGAGAAAAAAAUUAAAAAAUCCCCAACAAGUUGUUUCCAAGAGGAAGUCCAGUGUCCAGACAAAAGUGGCUCCAGCGCCACUUCGUUUCCUGCUGCAGGCGAUAUGAGGCAGUCUGGGGCGACAAGGAGCUCGGGGCGUGCAAGGAGACAAAAGGUAAAAAAGCAGAAGCAGAAUAAUUUCCGUUUCUGGAAUGAUGCCGAGGUCCGAAGCUGACGCAUCCAUGUGUUUUCCAUCUUGGCGGCACAAGAAGGGUUUUAGUCUUAACUACCCUCCUGGGUUUUCAGUCCAGAUUUAUCACUAAUUAAAAUGGGCAACGGCUGGUGCUGUCCUGUGCACCAUGAAUUUAGAGCGAAGAUAGUCAUAGAUUGCUUUUCCAAGUGAAGCCAUAGCAAUAACAGGAAGGAAAACGUUAGCAGAAAUUUAAAGUGCAGCUCGGGGAUCCAAGAACAAUUUCUGCUUCGUGAACUCUUGCUAUCGCAGCGUGUGGGCUCAGCACAGCUGCGGCUGGGAUUUCAUCUCCGAGCAUCCCCGCGAGGAUGCUCUUGUCUGCCUCAGGAGAGGAGCCGUGAAGGAGGAGCACGCUCAGCUUUGCAGCCGCGGGUUGCUCGCUGCGGUACUAAUGCAUCAUUUCAGGCACUAACGGGCGUGUGGGAUGCUGAGGGCAGGAGGAUGGAUGUCCCUCCAGCACGGGGACCUGUGUGAAGCGCAGCAGAGAGCCUCACGGACCUGCACGCCGCUGGCUCAGCUGAAGAUGAGCACCGUGUUUCUCCUGCUCCUGGUGGCCACCACCAGCGUCGGCGCCGUGCUGGAAAAAGGCCUGCCACGACGGGAAGCACGGCGCCUCUCGUGCGUGCGGUGCUGUGGGCCUUCCGAGCAGCCUGUCUCCAUCAUCUCCUCGCGGUACACGAGGAUGAGCAGUGACCCUGCUUUUUCGGUGCCCAAAGUCCAGCCCACCAUCGAUAUCACCAUCCUCAAAGGUGAAAAGGGUGAAAUGGGAGAAAAAGGGUACCCUGGAGCAGUUGGGAAGGAAGGAGAGAGGGGGCUACGCGGCUUUAAUGGACGGAAGGGCCAGAAAGGCCAGCCUGGCCCGCAGGGCCAUUCCUGCAAGCAGCUCUAUGCUGCUUUCUCAGUGGGUCGGAGAAAGCCCCUUCAUAGCUCAGACUACUUCCAGCAAGUCAUUUUUGACACUGAGUUUGUGAACCUCUACAAGCACUUCAACAUGUUCUCAGGGAAGUUCUUCUGCUACGUGCCAGGGAUCUACUACUUCAGCCUCAACGUCCACACCUGGAACUUCAAGGAGACCUACCUGCACCUGAUGAAGAAUGAGAAGGAGGUGGCCAUCCUCUACGCCCAGCCGAGUGACCGCAGCAUCAUGCAGAGCCAGAGCCUGAUGCUGGACCUGCAGGAAGGAGAAGAGGUCUGGGUGCGGAUGUUCAAGCGGGAGCGAGAAAACGCCAUCUACAGUGAGGAGUCUGAUGUUUACAUCAUCUUCAAUGGCCAUUUAAUCAAGCCAGCUGUAGAGUAGCUGUUCUUCAGCUUUAGGCUCAAAGCUUUGGCAGGGCAUUAGUGUCUUCCCUUGUAGAAAUGCACAUGUCUAGCUCCACUUGGAAGGACUGCAGUUGGCAGCCUCCCAGCCUGCUGAUGGGGAUGGGGCUGUCUAUCCAUGCCAAGGACACUUGUGUGGAUGGAGGUGGUGGUGUUUCAAGGUGAUGCAAGCUAUGAGUACAGAGGUUUAACCCUUAAUAUGCCCUGGAGAUAAAGCACAGAAGGCCCCAGUUGUACAGCCCCGUAUAGAUCCCCAGGAUCGUCCCUGAAGUCUGCCAAGUUGGAAGCAAACAAUAUAUAACUUCUGCUCUGCUUUGGAAAAGCCAUUUUAAAUUGGAUGUAAUGGUCAUCUUCAGACACCUGUAAUCUGGUGGCUAGUUAAGGAAUGCACCUACUCCUAAAACAAUGCUUAUAUCUUUGCAGUGUGUACUGUUGCUAAUAAGAGCACCUACACCAGGUCUGCUCCAUUCAGGUGGGCAAGAACACACCAGUGUUAAGAACAAUAUUUUGCACAGUACAUUUACCCUUAAUUACAUUUUUUGUUCCAUUUCAUGUAAUACUACAUUCUGAGAGCAUAAUGCUAGAAUUACAUAAAUAACAGCAUAUUGAUCUGAGAAUACUUUGAGGCAUAGUUUUAAGUACAGCUGCAGCCACAUGCCUCAACCCUGCUAGACCACUAUAUUGCUAGCAAAACUUUUUGCUCAAGAACAUCCAGCACAGGUGGGAGCACACCUAUUUACAUUUUUAAGGAAAACAACAGGCUCUGCCCUGGGAUCUGAUUUUGAGUGCUCGUGGCCAAGCUGGAGCCUGAGGCCAUCCUGGUAUCUGGAAACUAUCGUCUUACAGCACCCUUAUCUCUGGCUGCUGGAGGAGGAAACUGGGAAGAAAAGCGGUACUUUUCUACCAGCAACAAUAUUUCAGGGGAUUUAGUUUCCUUUCUUCCCCCCAAAAUGUAUUGAUAUAACAGUGGAAAGGUGCAUGCAACAGCAAGAAGCCUUCUCCAUCCCCAUUUCCCCAGUCUCCUGUUUUCAUCCCAAACUGUUUGUAUGAAGGAUACACAAAAAGCUCUUGCUAGGCAAAUUGCUUCACUGCUGUGCCUCACCUAUCCACAGCUAUUCAGAAAAGUAGCUGAAAUAAACAUAUUGCUUUGAAUACA